GGUCGCUCUACGGCGGAGGUUAUGACCCGUAAAGUGAUCUAAAAUGGACAUGUAUUCUCCACUAAUUCUUAAUUAAAGUGAUCAAACAGCAUUUCAAUAAUAAAAAUGCAUAUCUUAUUUAUAUUGUGUUUUAUAAUCGUCGGUAUAUACUCGUGUGUUUCAUGGCUCCUCCCGACUCUCUUAGCCUGGCUGUUCAAGAGAAAAUACCAUAUAAAGCUGAAAAUCGGUCGCAUUGGUCUGCCAAAGUUAAUAUUACGAGAUGUUAACUUAUCUAGAGAUGGAUAUUCUAUUCAAAUUGACGAAAUCUCCUUCAGCAGCAGUUUCUUCAACUCGGAAACCAACAAGCUUGUGUCUGUACUCAUCAAAGGUUUCAACGUAACAAACAAUGUCGAAGAGAAACGGAGCACGGUGGAGACUAUUCUAAAGCCGUUGCUCUCGAAACAGAACUCGACGAAUAGUAGGGGGGAGGUGGAGGAGAUGAGUUUUGAGGAGCUGGAUCGAGGGUUGAGGGUGACGGAGAAGAAAUUACUGGAUUUUAGAGAUAAGAAGCUACCACCUAGCUUGAUUAUGUUUGCUCAGUUCAUGGGGGUCCACAUAACAAAUGCGUCAGUGACCAUCCACGGUCCCUCCUUCACGCUGGAGGCUUCAGCUUGCCAGCUGCACGCGGAUGGAUCGGCGGGAGGCCCGGCUCGUGCGUUGGUGUUCUGUGCAAAUUUACUUGAAGCUAAGGCUCGCGUUCUGAAGGAGCGGAACGUGCUUGCAGAGGCGGGACUCAGCGUCCUAGUUGAAGGCACAGUGAAAGCUGAUGGACCACUCAAUGUUGAGAAAAUCCACUGCGCCGUUAGCAACACUCAGAUAUCAUUCCAUGACGAGUUACAUGAGCUUGUUAAGAAGCAGAGGCGGUACAAGCGACCACAGGUUAGACAAUAUGCCGCUGAAGAUCAAGAGGCGUCACCUGCGCUGCCGAGGUUGUCACCUGUAGUACCAAAGAUAUUUAGUUUAAAAAUUGACACAACGAAUGUAACUUGUAUAGACAACGUUACGAAAACAGACUUCAAGGCGUCGCUCAACAGUUUUCAAGUGAAUUCUCGAUUUAGCGCCGCAACAGUCCACACGGACGCUUCGGGCGUAGAAUCGAGCGCUCGCGUGCAAAUGUACGUGGCACUGCAAAUGGAACAGUUGCAAUUGACGGCGCAAUGUCGCAAGGAGAUGCCUGAGGAAAUAUUGCUGUAUAAUAAUAAGUUGAAAUUGGAUGCUAAGCUGGAAAAAGGCGUACUGAAUCUCUACCUAAUCCUGAGCACACUAAAACUGUCGUACGACCAUGAGAACGUGUUCCGAUGGUACACCUCAGUGUUGGAAAGACUCGACAAGACCAAACCCAUGCAGAUACAGCCUGUCACCACACCCAAAUCUCCAGGUCUUUUAGACUGCAUACUUCGCGCAUGCGUAGUACAAGGAUGUGCAGAACUUCGUCACGGUUCGCUGCGCGCACGUUUACCUGCGCCACUGUCCAUUGGCUGUCAGGGUCUCAAGGUCAAGUUGGAUCAACUGGUUGACACAAGAGAGGAGCCCUACACAGCUUCCUUCCCGCGCGUCCUCCUCGGCUCUCGUCACUGGAGUACAGAACUACUGGUAGACUCCGGCUGGUUGUCAUGCGACGCGCGAGAGGAACCACCGCCUCGGAAACACCAUGCUUGGGGCGCGGCGUUACUCGCUGUGGCCUUGGUGAAGUGGGGCAGCCACGGACCGAGAGACUCCAAGGUGGAAGCUAUGAUGGACUGCCUCCGCCUGGAAUGGUCGCACACCGUGGCCGCGACCAUCAUCAGCCUCCUGGACUGCCUGCGCGCCUACCGCGCCCCCCGCGCCGCCGCCCCCGCCCCGCCCUCGCCCUGCCUCGUCACUGUCAACAUAGCGCUCUCGCAUAUCAACGCGUUCCUGAUAGUGAAUGAGGGGAUGUGUUUAAUGACGAGAGUGGAUGCUGUGACGGUGGAGAAGGGAGGUGUGAGGGGCGCGGCGGUUGUCUCUGGGGUAAAAGUCGUGGAUAUGGUGCCUUUUAAGGGCAACUUCCAAUGUCAACGCUCAGACGAAAUCCCAAAAUCAUUUUUCCACGUCCGUCUAGCAAGAAUCGAACACACACCAAAGGAAGAAAAGAAUUCUUCGCUCCUAGACUUCCAAUUCCUUGAAACAACUGACUGCGAAUGGAGCGCUAAUUUACACUUGAAAAUAUUAGAGUUUGUGAAGGCAGUGAGAGGGUUUAAAGAGGAGUUGGGUAAGAGGAGGAGUGGGGCUGGGGGGAAGAAGAGUAAGCUGGAUUGGAGGGUGGGGAUUAAGGGGGAGACGAGCUUGGCGCUGUUGUUGUCGAAGGAGAAUAAUAUGAUUUUUGUUACUGAUGACCUAACAGUCUCCUACGACCACAUACUUGGGCUAUCCAUAGUCUGGAGUCAGCUAAAGAUGAUCCUCAACGGAGAUGAAGUUAUCACAGUAGAGGGAUACACACAGGAGAGGGCCCAAGAUGACCAUGAGGUCAGAGUAGAGAGAAGUGCUGCUGAAGGAUUUGUACUUCCUUGGAACAGAGUCUGGGCGGUGUCUGUAGAAUCAGUGCGAGUAAUAUUCCCAUACAAGCACCGCUUCGCGGACGCGGUGCAAGGCGAUUUCGUGUCGCACUUCAAGUGGCUCAAGAAAGUGCAUGGCAUCGGGAAGACGAAGGGAGAGAAAUCGCUUCCUAGCGACUUGCAUAUUAAGAUUGAGGAGGUCCUAAUGGAAAUGAGUGACGACCCGUUCGAAGUCAAGUUACGGGAUAAUUAUGAAUUGUUAGAAGACGAGUAUAAAGAGAGCCAAAAGCGACGGAGUAUGUUGGAUGCGAAGGUCCAAGAGCUCUGCAAGCCUCACCUCUUCCUCCCAGCCGGUAAAAUCGACGAGCUCUACGCCGCCCUAAGUCAGAAAGACGCACAAAUCUACGUCGUGCGAUGUCGCGCUGCGCCGCCGCCGCGGACACGUCUUGUCGCGUGUUGUUUGAGUGGAUUUAGAUUAUUGGCAUUGGCUGAUCCGAGUAUACAUGGAGCGCGGGCGCAGGAUAGAUUGAGAGAGCUAGAUGCUGAUAGUCCGUGGCCUGAAGACGGUGUAGAAUUCACGACCCUGUGGUGCCGCGCCAUCAGUCUAAACUGUGCGCAGUGGCAGUUGUUGCUACGAGAUUUCCCGCAGCCCUUACUGAGGAUGAGUUCACUGCGGCUGUGGGGCUCGCUCUGUGGCGCCGAAGAGGUGCCGCCGCCUAGAGCUGUCCGCACAGUAACGAUAGACCAAGGUGAGCCGUGGGGAGAGAUGGAACUAGAACGAAGCAUGAUGCCCCUGAAGUGGUACUACGACUUGUGCUGCGAAAUGGCCGAGUUCAGCUACGCGUUCGGACCCUGUUGGGAGCCGGUUAUCGCGCAAUGUAACUUAUCAUUCGACCAAGUAUCACGGCCAUCUCUCGACCCCUCCGCGCCGCUUUCGUUUUGGGACAAAGUUCGUCUACUGAUGCAUGGACGACUAACGGCGAACUGUGGCAAAUUUACUUGCCUACUACACGUGUCGCUGGACCCGUAUAAUACUACUGAAGAGAUGGAGUUGACGUGGACUGAUUUGGUCUUAGAUUGGACUAAUGGUAAGCUCGGUUUCCUCGGCGAACUAAACGUGUUCGUCCGCACGGCCAGCAAGUACGACGAUUGUCGCGUGCUUCGUGUCCCAGCGCUCAAGCUGUCUGUGAAACUCGGUUGGUUGUGCGUUGGCGAUCCGCGCGACCACCGCGCUGUUGCGCCGUGCGCGCCUACUAGACUACCAGAAUACUCUAGUAACCAGGAACACGAUUCGUACCGUGCCUUCCGUUCUCAAAAUCUGGAUCUACACAUAAGCAUGGAGACGAGACCUAUUGAAAAGGACGGACCUAUUCUACUGCUCUAUGGAAGUACUUUAAGAUGGUUCGAGAGCUUAAAACUGAUCCUCUCUGGAGUGACUCGGCCGACGCGCCGCGGUCGCGUGUUCCAAAACUUAAAGCCGCGAAAGCUGCAACUCUCGCGGCAUUACCGUGAAGUCAGCGCCGCUGUUACAUUGCACAAUCUACAGGUGUUCUACUGGUCUUCCUCAUCCAUGCAACGCGGCAUAGAAAUGCUAGGCGUCCGCGUCACCUGCGGUUCCAAACACAGACUGUCUCUCGUCAAAACCAGCGAUAACUUGGUACGGAGGCCGCGCGCGAACUGGACGACGGGGUAUAUGAACUGCGAUCUCAAUGACGCUGAGAUAUGGCUGAAAACGCCGGCGGCGAUGCCUGACGACAGAGAUGGGGAUGAGACUUUAGCCCUGAAGCCAGCUCCAAUGGAGAAAUGCUACUGUCUCUCCGUUCGCCGAGUGUCGUACGGUCGAGAAUGUGGGGACGCAGAAUCGGCCCCCACACAUAGACUGGCCGUACACGAUCUGAGGGGCGCUUGGACUAAGCUUAAUAGGGACCUGGCGUUCGCUCUGAUUGAUACAUACAUUAAAACACAGCAACUGAAAAAGAAUCUGUCAACGAAAGCGCUCAAAGAAGAAGACAGACUAGACGCGUCACCCAAACACCAGCGGGAAGGCGACGUAGCUUCGCCACCUCCCGCUUCAUCUCAAUCAAGCAGUGCUCCUGGUUCAAACGCAGAAGGAAUGCUGGCAGCUUUAGUUGCUGAGGCCGGGAGCGAAGCCCCUGUAGUUUUUAGCGACGACCUGAGUGGCGCCGAAGGGGACACGCCACCGUCUCAUCCUCAUCAUCCUCGUCAUGUUUUGGAUGAUGAAAACGCUCAUACGGCGUUCCUUAUUGAGUUAGUGAACUCGCAAGUAGUCCUGAAAGGCUGUGAGAGUCGUGGUUAUGUCAUCUUAUGCGCGGCGCGCGCAGAAGUUCGGCAAAGGGUACGUCGUUCGCCCGCCGCUACAGCCUGGAGUGGGGCCUUGUCGGCCAUGCAGUAUUAUGCCACCGUCAGCGCCGGAGACAAAGACCAGUUAGACGAAAACAUCCAGUGGGUAUCCGUAGAAGAGAUCUCAGAACGUUGCGGCGGCGCUGAAAUCAGUACUUUACCAGACGUCCCAAGACUUGUUGGCAGCGGCCAUUCGGCCGGAGGGGUUAUAGGCCGCUGCGUCGGACCUAGCGAGCACGCGGGUCUCGCCCAGCUCCAAAGAAUAGUCUCCCGAUGCGCGUGCGAGUUCUACUACGUGUCCCACGAUUCGGCAGAAGUUAGCAGCGGCGGGGCGGCAGGCUGGGCCUCCGCCCCUCAACCAUACGACUCUUUCACACUAAUGCACCAUGACCUCGAUGUCUGCACCAACUCACUGCAGUACGCGAUGCUCCUCGACGUAGUGAACAACGUAGUGCUUCACGUGGAGCCAGAACGUAGGCGCACGUUGGAGCGGCGCGCGCGCACACGCUUCCAGUUACAGUUACACCAAGACCAGGAUCCAAGGACGCUCAUACAUAGCACGCAGACACAGGUCCGUGAGUCCCUCGCCCGUCUUCGGCGACUGGAAAAAGAGUACUAUCUGAAGAACCGCUCUAUUUCUAGUGAAGAUCCCGACCCGCUAGCCGUUGCCGAGUUGAAGAGUUUGGAUGAUCAGGUCAACGAGUGCAAAGAGACCGUCUGGUCCCUCGGCGAAGAGCUGGACGCUAUGGUCCGCGCGUGGCGAGAGACUCGCCGGGGGGCCGCUCCCGCCGUGCGGAGCCCCUCCGCCCCUCCACACAGAUACAACGAGAUCUGCUUCAAGAGCGCGCGCUGGAGGCUCACGGACGCUGACGGCCAGUUGGGCAUCGCUGACUUAUUGCUGACGAAUUUCCUGUACACGAAGACUUCCCGCUCGGAUGACUCGGUGGAGCAUCAGCUUGAAGUGGGAUACGUCCGCGUCACCAACCUACUGCCAAAUGAACCUUUCCCGGAGGUGUUGGUACCCCAAGCGCCGUCAGGACGAGCGCCGUUGGCCCGACGUGCAACUUUGCGUGUAUUCUGUAGAGAUCGACCACCCGUUGGUGGUAUCAGUGUUAAAGAACACUUUGAGGUCAACAUCGUACCCAUCAGGAUAGGUCUCACAAAGAAGUUCUUCAACACCAUGCUAAAGUUCUGCUUCCCUGAACGCGACCCUGACUCCAUCGAGGAUGGCGAAGAAGAUGAGGGUACCCUUCGAGCUGGUUCCUCCACAGCCAGCCUGGUUUCCACUGGAUCGAAGAAGGCUAAGAAGAAGGGCAAGGAUUCCAACUCCAACUUCUAUGUCAAGAGGGAUAAGAAGGAUAAAGAUGAUGUGGAGAAGAUGAAGGAGCGCGCAGAGAAAAACAAACUGUUCAUCUACAUCAAGAUCCCAGAAGUGCCAGUACGGGUAUCCUACAAGGGGAGUAAAGAGAAAAAUCUAGAAGAUGUUCGGGAUCUUCCACUCGUUCUGCCUACCCUGGAGUACCACAACGUCACGUGGACGUGGCUAGAUCUGGUGCAGGCUACUAAGAGUGAUACCAGAAGGGUGAUAGUAUCGCAGGCGAUCCGUCAGAAGCUGCAACUGCACCGGCGCUCCGCUGCCGCCCCGGAGCCACAUGAGGAAGACAAAGCCAGGCUACUUCUUGGAGAAAGAACCGUAGCGGAGAACAAACCUCAAAAGAAGAGCGUACCAGGCGUCUUCAAAUUCUCCAAAUCCUAGCACAAGCAUUUAUUCUAAAUCGAACCAUAAGCAGACUGCAUAGGAUUCAGUUUUGAAUCGUAGCUUAAGCGUAGUCCAUGCUAGUGUAGCCACUAGUUACCAGUUAAUUUUGGAAGGAUGUUCCGUUUAAGCGAAAAUGUAACUUAAGUCGUAUACGAUUGUGGUGUAAUUACUGUGUCAGAAUAU